ACCACCACCACUACGCUCAACAACAGGAGGCAUCAAAAGCAGCCUCUUAACGCCUAUUACUCUAAUGGCUGGAACACCCGACAAGAUACCAAGAAGAAGAAAAACAACAACAACCACAACGAGAAGAAGCAGAAGCAGAAACAGAGUGGGUAUGGUGGAAUGCUUGAAAACGCGUCCUUCAUGAAAUGGAGGUCUGGGGAUGUGUUGGGUGUGGCGAGGCACCACCCUAUACCCUGCGUCUUCGCUGCGGCUCUGUUGUUCUUCAUGGGUGUGGAGUACACUCUCCGUAUGAUUCCUCCUUCUUCUCAACCGUUCGAUCUGGGUUUUGUCGCCACGCUUCCUCUUCACCGUGUUCUUGCCUCUAGACCCGCCAUUAACACCCUUCUUGCAGGCCUCAACACCGUAUAUGUGGGGAUGCAGACGUCGUAUAUAUUGUGGACAUGGUUAGUGGAAGGAAGGCCGAGAGCUACAAUAUCGGCGUUGUUUAUGUUCACAUGCAGAGGAAUUCUUGGUUAUUCUACUCAGCUUCCCUUGCCUGAGGUCCUACAUCACGUGGAUUCCAUCCCAUGGGAGGGAUUCUUGGGCUCCGGCGUGGACUUUCCAGUUGGGAACGUGUCAUUUUUCUUGUUCUACUCAGGCCAUGUUGCUGCAUCUGUGAUUGCCUCACUCGACAUGAAACGCAUGCAGAGGUGGGAAUUGGGACGUGUUUUUGACACCCUCAACGUUCUACAAGUAAUCAGGCUUUUGAGCACGAGAGGCCACUACACGAUCGACUUAGUCGUCGGAGUCGGUGCCGGAAUUCUUUUCGAUGAUUUGGCCGGAAAGUAUGAAGAAAGCAAGAAAAUACCCUACCACUAAUGGGGCUUGCUUUUCUGUGAGUGCUUUUGAACUCUUUGUUGAAGUACACAGAAAAGUGGGUGGAGAGGUGGGUGGUUGGGGCUUGGUCAUUUUCAUUUCUUUUUUGUUCAAUGCAGCCCAUGUUUUUUUUGUGUUUUUUUAUUUAAUAUAUUUCACUACUGCAGUUUCUGUUAAUAUAGUUUCAAAAAGCAUUAAGGCUGUGAUUGGAACCAAAAUUGUUGUAGUGUUCUUGUGAUGGUAAAAGGGUGGUGGUAUAUUGGGUCUUUUUGUUGUAGUUUUUUUUUUUUAAAGUUGAAAGCUGAUUACAAAAUAGAAGGUAAAA